GUAGCCUACUCCUCGUUCAAAGUCCUGUUAACAGUCGUUGGACGUGCAUUGAAUAUACAUAUUCAAAUUAAUGAACAUCAAGUCUGUCGCAUAGUCUACUACAACUUAGUGUAUAUUUCAAUAUAGCACAAGGUUGAGCAGACCGAAAGACUUCAGCAGAUGAUACUUCCUUGUGGCUACUUGCUCGGUUUCAGGCGAGUCGGUGCAGUGUGUUUGACAGCUACAGGCAGGGGUCGGCGGGGCAUGUGCAGCGCGGUGGGCAUGAGACUGGUGCAGUUCUGUCGCCACGGACAUGGCAAUGGUGUGCGGGUCGGAGUGGAGCAAGCAGAAGGACAGGGGGUCAUCGACCUCAAGGCCUUUGACCCCUCUAUGCCCACUACCAUGAGAGAGUUUCUGGAGAUGGGCGAGAAGGGCAUGGAAUGUGCACAAAGGGCUCUCUCCAGCGGUCAGUGUGUUGUUGCGCGGUCGGAGCUGAAGCUGCUGUCACCGGUGACGGCCCCGGAGAAGGUGGUGUGUGUGGGCAUGAACUACAGGGACCACUGCCUGGAGCAGAACGCCCCCAUCCCGGCAGAGCCCAUCGUCUUCAGCAAGUUCCCCAGCGCCAUCACCGGCCCCCACGACGACAUCCUGUUACCUGAAGAGAGCCAGGAGGUGGACUGGGAGGUGGAGCUGGCUUUCGUGGUUGGACGCAAAGGGAAGCACAUCAAGGAGGAGGAUGCUCUCUCCCACGUGGCGGGGUUCACAGUGGCCAACGAUGUCAGCGCCCGUGAUUGGCAGAUGCGGAGGAAUGGGAAGCAGUGGCUGCUGGGAAAAACCUUUGACUCGUUCUGUCCACUGGGACCGGCCCUGGUCACCACGGGAAGUGUAAAAGAUGUCCACAAGCUGGGUAUUCGGUGUCUGGUCAAUGGUGCAGUGGUCCAGGACAGCAACACUGACCAGAUGAUCUUCAGGACGGAGAAACUAGUGGCUUGGGUCUCCCAGUUUGUGACGUUGGUCCCAGGCGAUGUGUUUCUGACCGGUACUCCCCCAGGUGUGGGAGUGUUCCGGAAGCCGCCGGUGUUCCUUAAGAAGGGGGACGUGGUGGAGUGCCAGAUCGACGAGAUUGGGGCCAUCCGUAACACGGUGGUGUGACAGGACCUUUCUGCGGCAUUGCGGCACCGAGCUGAUUUAAAAGUGCCAUUAUCUCAAUACUGCCCCGUUAGUUUUUUACUGCGCACGUAGAGGCUGUUUUUUUUUUUUUUAUG